AUGAAAAUUAUAUAUGAAUAUAAAAAAGAGUAUUAUGAGUUGUUGCUUAACGAAGAAAAUGUUGAUGAUAAUGUUAUAGAGUGUAUUGAAAAAAACUCAAAUAAAUGUGAUUAUGAUAUAUCACCAUAUGUUGAAGAAAUGAAUACAGAUUUACUAAAUUUUGAGCAAUUUAUCUGUUGCAAAAAAAAGAGAAAAGGACGAAAUGGCAAAAGGGAUGGCACUAUUAAACUUAAUGAUAAAUAUGACGAAAAUGAAGAAUAUGAUGAAGAGGGGGGCAUACGCUCGUGUGAUAUUACCAAUAGAAAGAUAUACUUGAAAUAUAAAAUAUAUUUCGAAAGGAAGAAUUAUCUUGUUAAGCAAGGUGAUAUAUAUGGAGCUGAUUAUUUAUUAUACGUAACAAAGGAAAAAUACACACAUUCCCUUUAUGCCGUUUAUUUUAUAAAAAAGCAUAAUGUAUUUAGGGAUUUAAUAAGAAUAUUAAGAUUAGUAUGCACAAUUAAAAAGAAGGCUGUUUUAAUUUUACAGCGGGAUACUGACUCUUCCGAUAUUUCCAAUAACGUAGUUUUUGUGAAAGGGUAUAUAUAUAAAGAACUGGGGGAAAAAACUAAACAGAAAAAAGCGAAACAAACUGGAGCAAAAUGA